CUCUUGUUCGGAUGAUCAUCACAGCCCUUUCAAAUUAGUAACACUACACAGAUCGUAGCUCGCUUGUAAAGAGAUUCUCCCCAGACAUCGGUACCGGAUGCAAAACACCGCUCGAGCACACAGCGUCGCAUGUUGAUGGCGGCUUUCUCCAUGAUCAACUUUCAGCCGAAACGAAAAGCUUCAAAAGAUCGUGUUACUCGAUCGAAUGAUUAUAGAGGCCAACCUGGUUGGGACCAAGCUUAAUCUUGAGAUGAACAGUGUGUCAAUGGUUCAUGCCGUCCGACAUUCCGAGAGAAGUCUCUCAUGCUUUAAGAGGACGUCAAGCAGAAGACAUUUCCUGAUUUCUUGUUCCUUCUUUUCUUCUCUCUAUGCUGGCCAUAUUACACGUUUAAUUCUUCUUUCGUCCUUCUGUUUCUAUUCGUUCAUUUAUCAACUCUCCUUUCCGCUAUCACAAUGCAGAUUAAUCAAGCUUUGAAACUGUCGUUUCUCCUUCCCUCGGUUUAUGCUCAGCUUCACGGUGCUGCCAAAACUGCUGGCCUUCUUUACUUCGGUACAGAGACUGAAAGUGUCUCUUUCGGCGAUGCUGCAUAUCAAGCUGCUCUCAAAGGGAACGAUGAUUUCGGCCAAAUCACACCAGGAAAUUCGAUGAAAUGGGAUGCGAUCCAGCCGGCUCCAAACACCUUUACCUUCACGGCAGGAGAUGCCAUUGCCGAUCUUGCUGCGACUAAUAAUCAACUCCUUCGCUGCCACAAUCUUGUGUGGCAUGAGCAGUUACCUGAUUGGGUCAGUGGAGGGAAUUGGACGGCGGCAAGCUUGACCCAGGUUCUACAGAAUCACAUCACUACCGAAGUCACCCACUACAAAGGGAAAUGCUAUGCAUGGGAUGUGGUAAACGAAGCACUCAAUGACAAUGGCACAUUUGGGAAUGAUGUCUUUUUCAACGUUCUUGGUUCGGAUUACAUCAAGAUUGCCUUUCAAGCUGCCGCGGCAGCAGAUCCAGCUGCGAAGCUUUACUACAACGAUUUUGGUACAGAGUUUCCUGGAGUCAAAAGCACAGCAGCUCAAGGUAUCGUAAAGAUGCUAAAGGACGCCAACAUCAAGAUCGAUGGCGUAGGAUUUCAAGGCCAUUUCACUGUGGGUGGCACCCCGUCAGUGGCCACGCAAGUGACCAACAUGGAAGCCUUCACUGCUUUGGGUGUUGAGGUCGCGAUCACGGAACUUGAUAUCCGUAUGACGCUUCCACAGACAGAUGCUAUGCUGGCUCAGCAGAAGACAGAUUAUCAGACGACUGCCGCUGCUUGUCUUGCAACCAAAAACUGUGUCGGUGUCACCGUAUGGGACUUUGAUGACAAGUAUUCAUGGGUUCCAUCAACAUUCCCAGGAACUGGCUCGGCCGAUAUAAUGACCGCGAAUGUUACCAAAAAGCCGGCAUAUUUCGGUGUUCUGCAAGCGUUCACUGGAACGGCUGCCAACUCAACCACUACCAUGCCGUCAAUGCCCAAUAUGACGGUCACCGCACCAUCCUUAAGGGCGUCAUCCUCAGGAGCGUCUGCUCUUGAUAAGCCUGGAAUGAUAUUGGGGAUGUUGCUAUCACUGAUUUUCGCGAUGUUUAUUGUGAGUUGA